UUCAAUGGCUGCAGUCUUAAACAGUUGCGCCUCAUUAGCGACAACUGCAAGACAAUUGGAUACCAAUUACACCCAACUGGGUGAAGGUGGUGGUGGAGGAGGUGGAGUGGGAGUCCUAGCGGGUAGCUGCCUCUCGCUGAGAGCUGGUGGUGGCCUCGGUGUGGGAAGUCGCCAAAGUUUCAGCAAAACUCCCCAUCUUCAUAACGACUCGGCUAUGUAUCCCUCAUUGCCAAAAUAUCAUAGAUCUUCCAGUGCACAACAGACCAUGACCACGCCCAAUCAGCAUCAAUUUACAUCAUCCUUGGCUUACGGAAUGCCAGUCAGUUCUGGCUAUUCCUCACAGCACUCUACCCUGCAGAAAUCCUAUAACGCGUCAACUGCAUCUGUACAACGUGCCAACAAUUCUUCGGAUAUGUGUCGUAGUUUUUGGGGUCACAGCCAGCCGACAUCGUCGGCAUUAUAUCGUUCUGGAGAUCGUCAACAAUCAAAGCGUAAAUCGGCUGUAGAGCUAUUGGCUGAAUCCAAACCGUAUUUCGUUAAGAGCGAUAAUCCGAUAAUGGAGCGUACCAAUUUUGGAGCCAGCACUUUGGUUUGCAGUGGCAAAAGAAACCGCAACAGCUCCAGCGUUAUUUUGGAUGAGGGCAAAUAUAAUCCCUCGUAUGGGGAGACAACUUAUUCGGCUGUCGAAGCAGAACGGCGUUAUGGUUCAACACCAGCCCAUCGCAGAUCGUCACAGAUGCAUCACCACCAUCAUCAUAGUCACAAUUCUGGCUGUCAUGUGCCAUCGGGUAACUCUGGUUUGUAUCAGGGCAAGUUUCGUCUAUCGAUGUCCACAGAUUCUGGCCAUGAAAGAGAUAAAUUGUCACGUUAUCGGAAGGAGCAAUUCGGCGAACCAAUUGUAUUAAAUGAGACAAAGUCGGUUUCAUUUGAGGAAGAUGUAGCUUUUCGUAUUCCUCCACCGGUAUAUUUUUCACAACAAUCCUAUGGCAACAUGUACGACAGUGGCGGCGAAGAACCCCUUGUGCUAACUGAGAACUAUAGACCCAUAAGUCCGCCAGCAGAAUACGCUGAAGACUCGUCGGAGACACACAACGAAUCUAGACCGAGAUACAACUAUCAACGCUCCUAUUCACACUCCCAUGAAAUGGCUAAUGAUAAAUCUAAAUACACUGCCGCUUCCUAUAACAUUAACAGCCACAAAUCCCUGCCUGAUUUACACACCCAAAUCAAUCGACACUCGCCGCACAGCGAAAUCCUCAGCUGCUGUAGUCGCGGUAAUCGUUCAAUCAAAUCGGCCGGAGAAUCAUCGUUGAACCGUGACUCCGGCGGUUCAUCGGGCCACUAUACACAUCGUAGUGAGCCGUGCUAUCGUCAGCAUCGUGUCGAUAUAGAUCGAGAACGCGAUGCGACCACCAAAAAGUGUUGCAGCGCCACGACUAGGGUGGAAUACCGUCGGGACAGUGGUUCGUCUACACAGCACAGCAACAAUUCCUAUUGUGAUUACUCGUGUAAAGCUAUGCUCGACAAUUACGACUCAUCAGAUUAUUUAUUGAAUUUCACCACCCCUGAAGUACCGGAAGCUUUUCAAGAUGACUAUAUACCACCAUCCCCACGCAUGCACAACUAUCAGAAUGAAGAUACUCGCUAUUAUAGUUCCUCGUCUCAUCAGAUACUAGGCGGCGGUGGCGGUCAAGGGGGUUAUAUGAAACACAAGGCUUCAUCCGAUGAGCCCAUUGUACAAUCGCCUGGCUCACAGCCUUCCAUCGAGGACAUUAGUCCGCCACCAAUACAAUUCAAGCGGCAAAAAUGUAUUCGUUUCAAGAAUCGCAGUCGUAUAUCAUUGCCGCAACAGCAACAGGGUUCGUCAAAUGAUUUGCCCCACCCCACUCCAUCAUCUAUGGACUCAUACAGACGGUCGGAUCCACCGCGUUAUUUCUUCCCUAAAUGUUUCUCAGCUGAUGAAUAUCAACAGCAGACACAUAAUCCGCAGCCGCACACCCAGUCGCAGUCACAUUCCCAUCUGCCACAACCGCCCCAGGCCACUUCGCAUCAACAACAAAUCAAAGAGUUCAGAGAUCAAUAUGCCAAUAAUUCGUUAAGACGUUCUCAGGAAUUGCUACAGCCCAAUGCCCAUCAACCACCACCCAGUAAUGAGUCCAUGAUGGACUUGGAGAAAUUCUUCGACCGUUUGGGUCUGAACGAUGAUAAAUUCCACGAAAUCUACACCAUGUCGAAGCGGAAGCACAGCAACGGCAGUGAUUCGGAACACAGUACGGUGUUCUUUUCGGAUGUCAGUACCGUGGAUUCGAUGCGUUUGCCCGACAGCACCGAAACCCAGCCACAGACCACCCAAACCUAUAGGCCCACAGAGCCACCAUCGGUGGUGGAGAGAAAUGCCCGCAUAAUUAAGUGGCUGUGUAAUGUACGUAAAGUUCAAAAUGACCUAAAUUAGG